CGGCGCCAAACUUGUGCCUGGCAUCGUAGUCCGGAUGGUUUCGUCUAAUCUUUGCUAUCCACGGUCUUAUAUCAAGCAACUGUUGUGGUAUGUCAGCCGCUUCUCUUCUCCUUUUCCUCCCGCGCACUUGCCGUCGGAAUGUCUGCAGCUUCCAAGUCCCGGCCAGCAUCGCAAGCUCGAACUGGGACCACCAAAAGCGUAUUGUACGGCCCGGAGACGGAGACUAGCUUCAUCAGCCCAUAUGCGCUGGGAGGCGAUGCUGAGACUUCGGAAGCCCUGGACAGCCGAUCGCGUGCGGAAUUAGGACGGCGGCCUCUUGAGCCAAGCUCUCCGCCGCGGGACACCCUUUUGAACGGAUAUCGCUCUCUGAGCUGGCUGUUAGGAUUCAGGCAGAGCUACAGUCUGGUGAAUGGUGUUAUCUGGGGCGGAGCGCUGAUCGGCUUCUGUCUUGCCCGGAGCUUCACCAUGAAUGUUUCGCGCACACCGAGUCUUCUCGUUCCGGGUGAAUGGUUCUGGCUAAGCGCGCCGAUAUACAAAGUGAACAUCUUCAUUCACAUCUAUCUGACAACAAUCGGCGGUAUCUUUUCUGUUUUCCAAUUCUUCCCAGCCAUUCGCCGGAAAAAUGUACUUCUUCAUCGACUGAAUGGCUACGGUGUCCUCUUUUGCUUAGUUGUCGGGAAUAUAUGCGGCGCGAUCGUUGCACGACGUUCCAUUGGCGGUGAACUGAAUGUCCAAUCGGCAUAUUACAUCCUGGCCAUUAUGGUUGUGUACUCCGGUCUUCUGGGCGCGUACUAUGUCAAACGCGACACUCGACUGCAUCGUCGUUGGAUGCUUCGAAUGGUCGUUUAUUUUUCAACAAUUGUCACAGCCCGUCUCAUCGUUCUUGCUGCGCGCGAGAUCGUGACAAUGAUCGGCACAUAUUACUCUAUCUGGAGAUGUGACGAGAUCAUCAAUCUCCUCGAAUCGCCCGAUGUGCAGAAUUCCUUUCCGCAGUGUGUAGCACCUGGGGCAAAUGCAAGCGCCUUGUGGGUCGCUGUCCAUGCUUCGACGAAACGUGGGCCUCUUUACCUCGCCUCAUCAGUUCGGGCUACCCUUGGGAUGUGUCUCUGGAUCGCCACUCUGAUGCACAUGGCUGGCGUUGAGUACUAUCUCUAUCAAACAGAUGCAUCCAAUCAAGUCCGUUUCGGUUUUGUGUUGGAACCAUUGGAUUGGGUCGAAGAGGACAUAAAAAGCUAGUUCGAGGUUAAGGAUAGGUUUCCAUCUAACAAAGGUAGACUAGGACGGCUAAAGAUGCAAGUCAAUGAAUAUAUUUUCGGACAACAGAUGAAACCAAGCCCCGAUCUCACCUCAGUUAAAGCCAAUCCAGCACUCUAUGAUCCCCACCCACUGGUCACACUGCACUUCGUCGACAUUAUUGUCGAUAGCCUCCGAAAUACACGUCGCGCAGGCGUCGUAGCAUGUCUGUGGGGUCUUCCAGCCGUUCAUCUCACCCUUAUACCAGGUGCGUCCACCACAGUCCAUGCCGUCCCAAUUAUCUGUUUCAGUGUCUGAUCAGCCCGCCGUUUGAUUUCCAUACCAGUUCCGAAAGGAUAGAGAAGAGCACAAACCAGUGCGGUAACCGGUCAAACAGCUGUGCAUAGAUUGCUGGUCGAGGCUCGGUUGUGCCGGGGAGCCCAUGUGGCAAGAGGCUUGCUGGCUCGCCGCGACAAAGCUGGCGAGGAUGAUGAAGAUGGAACUUUUGAAUUGCAUUGACGUCGGGGGGUCUCGAGAGUUUGUCAAUAUGGGGGGAAGGAGAUGGCAACGAGUUUGGGGUCUAGAGGGCUUAUAACGGAGCAGGGUGGAGUUGUAGAACUUUGAAUCUAUCUUCC